UCGAUGUAAAAAUGUAGUGGCUAUUGAAGUCUCACUGUCUGCUUUGUCCUUGACGUUGGAACAACAGCACUUUUUCAGCAGUGCAGUUUUGAAUUCCCUGUCGGUGAACGAUGAUGACGGGCGUGGCGUUGUUUCUGCCAUACAGCGGGGUGGAAGUAUCGAUGCUGUCGAUAUCUACAUCCACCUCCUUUCAUUGUAGAAAGCUGGCAAUUUGUUGCUUCGUUGAAGCAACAUCCAUUUCAUCUGGUUGUCCUCUGUCCUGGACUGCCGUGUCAUUUGACCUGUGUAUAAUUCGGAGCCCCGUGAGGAUCGCAUCGUUUAUUCGUGCAUUCUGGUGCAUCUCAUCAAUUGUAUUUUUCAUUUGUUCAGUUUUUUUCCUUUGCGUCGUUCUCUUCCUCAAGAGUGCGGCGCAAUGCAGCAUUAUCAUCCAGUAGUACCUUGAUAUCAUCCUGUUGUACCUUGAUGUCAUUGCGUAGUGAUAUAUUUUCCUCCAAAGGGUUUUUAACCUCCUUAAGAGCAGCGUGCAAGCCAGCAUUGUCAUCUUCUAGUACCGUAAUAUCAUUUUGCAGUGCCUUGGUAUCAUUACACAGUGCUCUAUUUUCCUCCUUAAGGUGUAUGACCUCAUCAUGGAUCUCAGGGAAGCGCUUCUUGAGGCUGUUGUUCUGUGAUUUUGCAUUUCACUGGUUACUAGGCGUCAGUAAUGUUACAUUGAUUAGACAGCACCAUACUUUACAUUGCCUUAACUUGCACUGCAUAGUCAGUCGUGGAUGCAAAGUCCGACAUGGCAUGAACUAAGAAUAAUACGAGCGCAAAGAUGACUCUAGGGUGUUAUUUUUCAUGUCUAAGGACUCUAAUAAGGGUAUAAACCGUAUUUAACCGUCAUAAACAGGUAUGCUCAGUCUAACCAUGACAAUAUUGAAUUUAUUAAUGUUGAAUCAUACUUCGCGGAAAUGUACUAAUUACGCUCGGGUCUGGAACAUAAAAAUGGUGAUGGCGAUUUAUUUGUGCAUUUCCUACUUUGCCCACCAGAUGUCGGCCUUGCUUUUGCUUUCUAUUUAGGCCCUCCCUACCCCCCCCCAAAAAGAGGCCGGGUGGUGUUGGCUGUGUGGUCACGUGACACUUGUGUCACUGGGAGACAGCAUGGCGGACAUGCAUGUAGACGCUGGCAACAAAUUACUACAUAGAUUGAGGAGCUAACCCAGUCAGCCGAGAGAUAAUAGCAGAGUUCGUCGCCACAACGAGGGGGACCGGCGAGUGACCGAACCCUGAGCGGAAUGGACGACGAGAUUAAACUUGAGUUUCCGUCUCUGCCUGCCGCUAAGGAGGACCUUCUGGAAAUAUUACCAGGACUGUUUUUAGGUCCUUACUCUGCUGCAAUGAAAAGCAAGCUGCAGGUUCUGGAGAGACAAGGCAUAACGCACAUUGUGUGUGUCCGACAAGACAUCGAAGCCAAUUUUAUCAAACCUAAUUUCCCUCAUACAUUUAGAUACCUUGUGUUAGAUAUUGCAGACAAUCCAGUGGAAAAUAUCAUCAGAUUUUUCCCCACAACUAAAGAAUUUAUUGAUGGCUGUUUAGCAACAGGAGGGAAGGUACUGGUUCAUGGUAAUGCAGGGAUCUCAAGAAGUGCUGCCUUAGUGAUUGCAUACCUAAUGGAGACAUUUGGAAUGAAAUACAGGGAUGCGUUCAGCCACAUCCAGGAGAGGAGGUUCUGCAUUAACCCCAAUGUGGGAUUUGUGCAUCAGCUUCAGGAGUAUGAAGCGAUCUACCUCGCCAAACUCACCAUUAAGAUGAUGUCACCCGUGCAGCUGGGCCGCUCCUUCCUACAAGCAGGCAUGCCAGGAAGCCUUAAGCGCAGCCUGGAAGACGACGAGGACUUUGGAGCAAUGCAGGUCGCAACAGCACACAAUGGAUGAGCCUUGCUUACAUUUAGCCACGUGGCGCAUUGCACUCCUUUUGUUUUGACAUUUUUAAUAGGAUUAAAAAUGUAGAUAUUUGAAUCUUUUUUCUAAUGGGGAAAGGGGGGGAGGGACCACUCAUGUCUGAGACAUAGAGGUCUGACCGGGACAAGCAUAUUUGAUAACCUUUUUUGUUUCUUGAGGUGUAUGCACUGAUGGGAGACUUUUGCAAGUUUUAUAGUAUUUAAAGCAUUUUGCAUAUGCAGCGGGACAGUAUUGCAAUAAUGCACUUUCGAUACUUGAAUUAGUGGGGGGGGGGGGGCAAAAGGGAAAGUGGCAUGAACUUUAGGAUCUGAGAGUGAGGGAUAGUUAAUGCCUUUAUUUUGGUGUGUUAGGACAAACUAACUUCCGGCUUAAUGUUGGAUCGUACAGAAUGGAGAGUUAACAAGUUAUUGCAUAAUAAAAAGUUGGACUGACUCCUGUUGGUGUCGUUUGUUCAAGCUGUACAUCCCUCAUAUUUAAAUAGUUACAUAUUAGAUGGAAUUGUUCAUCCACAAGUGACAUUUGGAACAUGUUGACAUUUGUGACCAGGCCAGGGUGUACCCAGCCUCUUGCCAAAAGUCAGCUGGAAUAGGCUGGGAACACUUAAGUGUUUGGUAGACCUGUCAGGAUAAUCGAUUAAUCAAACGAUUAAAAAAAGAACUAAGUCUAAUUUUGCCGCCUCGUUAAAUUGACAUGUGCAUAUAUGCCUGUUUGUUUUCGGUGCCUCUCUGUUCUACACUGGCUGGAUGACAAGAGGGUUCACUCUGCAUGUCUGCGCGCAUUGGUUCUAUAGUGGAAUGAACAGAGAUCGCGAGCCCUCCUCUCAUAUCAUUCAGCCUCUUUGUCCCCCAAUACGUGGAGACGGGGCUACUAGUGAGUGGAUGCACAGAGUGCUGGCAGUUAGCAAGCAAACGCUAACAUGAAUGAAGGCUCAAAAGCCAUGGUUUCUAAGCCGAAUGCCACAGCUCCAGUGUAGCGGUGCAGCAGAGUCUUCGUCCCGACAGUCAACGCUUACUGGGGCAUUUGAUCGGCAAAGUAAAUAUAAAACGAAACAGCGCAAAAUAGCGCAUGCUCACAGACAGUGUCGCUCGCUACAUACAUUGCAAAAGAAAUGCAACCUUUCGAUAUGGUUGAAAAGCCAACAUUUCGGGAAAUGUUUAACAGUACGAAUUGCCAGGGAUAACGUAUUCAUGUACAUGUCGCAAACAGCAAUUCCUGAACUGUAUAACCCAGUGAAAGAAGACGUGAUGAAGAACAUCACAAAGAUCGCAUUUUACUCCGCCACCAGAGAGAUGUGGUCCAGCUCAAAUACGGUAUGACUCCCUACAUUAGUUUAACAAUACACUACAUAACUGCGUGUGUGGUUUUUUAGUGUUUUUUUUCUUAUUGUGAUUUUUAUUUAAGUGCAGUUUUUGCUAGAAAAGACAAGACUCCAUUUUAUUUUCAUCGAGUUUUUUUGGGGGGUCUUUUUUUGUUUCAUUUAUUUAAAGGCUCUUGACAUUCCAAUUACAAUGUUAAAUACUCUUGAGAAAUUAAAAGUUGAUUGUUCUUGAUACGAUGUACUCAUUAUUUUGCCAUAUAAUUAAUGAAUAAAAAUGGUCUCAAAAAAUGUUAAUGGAUUGACAAUUUAUAGGACAAAAUUUGUUGUCGUGACAGGCCCGGUGUUUAGCGUACCAAUUUUACACUAGAAGUUGUAUAUUGGGAUGCAUUAAAAGUGUAGAAUAUGUCAGGUGUGAUACAAUGUCUACUACAGUCCCUCACUAAUGUGACAUAAACAGACUGAUAUGAGAUAUUUUAUUGUACUGCUGCAUUGUAUACAGUAUAUGUGGCAAUAAAUUACAUUAAAUAGGCUAUGUCCCUGUGUUGCCCAGAUAGGGGGGGAAAAAAAUUAAAUAUGAAUUUACAAAUAUCAUUUUUGCACUCAUGUCCCAUCACAAGAAGCGAUCAUUGCAGCGGUCCAAGUAGAAAAUGUUCACUUCCAUACACCCUUCCAGUCUGUCACACAGCAUCUGAACCUUUGUGUUUACUUACUGAACAUAUGUAGGAUUUAUACCAAUAUCACAAAUAUGCAAGAUUAUUUGUGUCAUUGUUGAUUUCUUUUUUUUAGCCCCCCCCCAAAAAAAAAAAAAAAUGAAGUACUGGUUAGUGUUGUAAUCAUACUUCAAAGCCUCUUUGGUUCCUUGCUUUGGAUGGUAAAUUAUUUGUAAUUAUUGUCUUUAAGAACAUCAGCAUGAACAUUCAACGCUAACUGCAGAUGCCUGGCUAAUUCAAUUCAUAUUUUAUGUCACCACAUGCCAGCCAUCACUGUAACAAAAUAAAACAUUUACAGUAACUGAUUAUCCUUUUCUUCAGAGCUUUGCAUUCAGGAGGUAGCCAUGGUUACCACAAUGGCUGCGUCGGGGCUUCGACAUGUGUUUUUAGUUCACGCCUGCUCUGAAGUCAGGACGACGCUCCUCAAACGACUCGACAAUGCACAAUCCAAACCACAAAGUGAUUCCUUGGCCGGCG